AUGAAUAAAGAUUGUGUUGAACCAACAAAAUUUGGUGAAAUUUACGACAAAAGCAAUUCAUCGAAUUCUGACUCUGUGUGUGAAGUUUUGUAUUUUGAUGGUGAUAAUCAAAAGCGAUUACGAUGUUCCGAUCAAACUGUUCCACCAGGUGUAACACAUUCAACGAUUGAAAUUCUUCGUUCACCAAAUAAAUCAUCAUUAACAAAUCUUCAUAAUGAAGAUUCUUCCACGAUAAGUUUGACAUCGAGUUGUUCGAACGAAAUCAAACAUAUCAAUUCUUCUAAUCUAACGGUUGAGGAGAUUUUGAAAGAAAAUAUUCAACAAAAGAAGGAAAUUGAAUAUUAUAAAUCUCAAUUGAUGCACAAAUAUCUUGGUUCAGAUGCACAAGUUGCUUCUAAAUAUACUCAAACAGAUGAUAUCAUUCCAGCAAAGUUAAAGAAAAAGAAAUGUAAAGGAAAAGAAGAGCUGAAACAAAUUUGUCGUCGUUUAAACCUUAAUAUGAAUCAGGUAGAGCAAUGUAAACAAAGCGAAGAUAUAGCAAAAACAUGCAGAUCGAUUACUAAAUGUCUCUAUCCGGAUCUUGAUGUACGAUCAACAAUGACAAUCUUGAAAAUGCCUGCAGAAGAGAAGUUCGAUAUCCGAGGUAAUUUCAUUAAAGAUUGUUAUAAAAAAUUAUUAUUUCCCUGA